AUGGUGACAACAGAGCUGCAUCAGCGACAAGUUGUCUGUACUAUUGCUGAACGCAAUACCUUCUCUGCGCCUUCUGGCAUGGACUGUGGCACUUAUAUGCAGCCUUUCUUCGAUAUGGGCGGUCCUGGUUAUAUUACUGACAAUGCGACAAGUGCCUGUGAGUAUUGCGCAUUCAAGGUUGGCGAUCAAUUCUACCAAAACUUUGGAAUGGAUUAUGGCACUCAGUGGAGAGACCUGGGCAUCUUCGCCGCAUUCAUCGCAUCGAAUCUUAUUUUGCUAUUUAUAGGGCGAGGUGGAAUUGGAAUUCCGUAG